UGCAGUAUUAUGAGGACCGACUCGAAAGUGAGAAAUUGCAGCGGAGGGUGUUGCCACUUGGCCGCGAGUCCCAAAUGUCCGCGAUAGAUGACUUCGACGCGAGCGUGACCCCAACAACCAAGCGGUACAGACCGCUAACAGCUUCAGGAAUAGCGCAGACCGCUAAUCGCUUCACGAAUCCUGCGCUCUCCGUUCAGGCGGCGAACCUCAUCCUCACCCCACUCCCACAUUCAACCCCCCUCCAACCCCCACAAUGACAACCCCGCCGGAGCACCCCUACUCCACCCUAACAAACCUCUCCUGCGCCUCCCUCCGCACCCACAUCCUCUUCGCAACCGACGACUUCUUCGCCCCGGCCGAGCUCUUCCUCAACCCCUCCCCACCCGCAUUCGACCCCACAACAUUCACCCCGUUCGGCAAACAAAUGGACGGCUGGGAAACGCGUCGCAAACGGACCGCAGGGCACGACUGGUGUAUUAUCCAACUUGGCCUGCCGGGGAUGAUUCAUGGCUUUGAGAUCGAUACCGCGUUCUUCACGGGCAACCAGGCGCCCGGGAUCUCUGUGCAGGCCGCUGCAUUCAAACCCGGUGAAGGCGGUGUCUCGUCAUUAGUCCGGCGAAGCGAGAUCGGCACCGCGUGCACAUCCUCAGAGUUACAAAUCGCCGAAAGCGUGGGAUCAGAUGGAUGGGAGGAACUGGUACCUUACACGCCGCUGGGGCCGGGGUACGAGGCGACGCGGUACCAUUAUGUGGAAAGUGGGAACAAACGGGCCAGGUUUACGCAUCUGAGGGUGAACUUGUUCCCGGAUGGGGGCGUCGCGCGGUUUAGGGCUUACGGGGUUGUGAGUAAGGAUUGGGAGGCGGUGGGGAGGGGGGAGGUUGUGGAUUUGGCGCAUGUUGAGAAUGGCGGCCGUGCCGUAAGCUUCUCCAACGCCCACUACGGCCACCCCCGCAAUCUCAUCGCCCCCGGGCGCUCGCUCACCAUGGCCGGCGGCUGGGAGACCGCGCGAAACCCGGACCGACCGCGAAUCUACCAGCACGACCCGCAGACGGGGCAGCUGAUCAUCCCGGGAAAACACUGGGCGAUACUGGCGCUAGGACAUGCGGGGAAUGUUGCGGAGGUUGAGGUUGAUACACAUUUGUUCAAAGGGAACUUUCCGGAGAGUGUUGUUGUCGAGGCCGCGGACAUUGCACCAAGCGACGCCCAUCUGGCCACCGAAAACAGCUCCUCAAUCCCCUGGUUCACUCUCAUCCCACGCACGAAACUAGGCCCGCACGCGCAGGUGACAUUCGGCGUAGAGGACGGCAGUAAGGCAAAAAGAGUGACGCAUGUUAGGGUGACGAUGUUUCCGGAUGGCGGGAUCAGUCGGGUUAGAGUCCGGGGGACCGUUUGUGCUUAGAACAAUAAAUAGGGUUGAUUCUAUUUGGUGGGGCUACCGUAGGCCUAGGUGCUGCUACAGCAAUUCACUACCAAUCUAUAUCACAUAUCACAUAUCACACCCUAAACCGUCACUCCCUCUAUUCC